AUGGUAAACCCUCUUGUUCAAAGUUCCCAGUUAGUUUUACUUAAAAUGUUGUCUGGUGAUAUAUUUGGCCAUAAUUAUUUUAUUGAUUUGAAAUUAUUAGUAUACUCUAAUGAAAUAUCUACUGCAGAGUCUUUAAAACUGGAAUUAGAACGAUGUGCGUUUUCUAAUAUGAAUGUAAUUGAAAUUACCUCAGACUUACCUAGAAUACGAGAUGCGGACAUAUUUUGCUUUAUAUCUGAUUUAGCAAAUCCAAAUAAAUUUUACAUUGAACAUAUUGAAAACGAAGCACAUUUUGACACUCUUUAUCUGUUAAUAAAAGUGGCGAAUCAUUUAUCGUGGCAAGAGGAUGAUGAAUUAGAAGACUUGAAGAACGCGAUAAAAACAAAGCCAAUAUUUCUAACUGAUGGCUUAUUAGCCUUAGAUAUCCUUGCUUCAUUAUCUAAGAAUAUGCCGAGCGACGUGUUUUUUGCUACCACGCCACUUGAAGCAAUAGCAAAGUCUACUUUAGGAGAUUAUCUGAAUGUUCAAUGCAAAGAUAUUAACGAUGUGUUGGUUUGGGCGGCAAAUGAUGAAAUAUUUCACUUAGAAGUAAAAAAACCUUUGAUUAUUAAUGAAAAGAUUGAUAAAAGAGCGCAUUGUGAAAACGAUACAAUAAGUAAUGAAUUAUUGCAGUCGUUAAAGAUAGAUUAUACGAAGUUUAAUUCAACAUGGAUGAGAAAAGAUUUUCUUGAAAAGGUGGCGUCAUCUGCAGCACGAAAUCCUUAUGGAUGUAUUUAUAAGGCAGCGGAAUUUUCUAAAACUUUGAAACAAAUCUGGAAAGCACGUUCCGGCGGGAGCGGAACGAAAGUUUAUAGCAACAUGGGUGUCAUUAGUGAUGGUUCGAUUGGUACUAUGAAAGGAUAUCCAUACGUGCUGCCUUUGGUGUUUUCUGGAAACAGAUGGGAAGUGAACAAAAGUUUUGAAGAAAGUACUUAUUUAAAACAAGAAAUUAAAAGAAUUAAUAAGACCGUAAAAGAACAACGGGAAAAGUUUAUAUCAUAUUGUAAAAAGUUUCUACUAGAUAAUGUUAUUAAUUUAGCGUUUAUAUCGACGGACAAUGAAAGUAGUAUCGGCGAUUCAUGCAGCAGUCGCAGCGUAUUGCGAGAACAACGUAAAUAA